UUUUAAACAGUACUUCUUUCUUAUCCUCUGCUUCUUCUCCUUUUCUUCUCCUUUUCUUCUUUACUCUCCUCAAUCCUCGUGUUCAACCAUCUUUUCACCUCUUUCCACUCUUUGAUAUCCCACAAUGUCUGCUGAACUCGCUGAAGCUGAAAUUGUCCAGGGGGUCGUCCCUCAAACCUCUGCUGUCAAGUCCUUCUUGUCUGGAGGAUUCGGUGGCAUGGCCUCCGUUCUGGUUGGUCACCCUUUCGACUUGGCCAAGGUCCGCAUCCAAACUAGUCCUAAUGGUAUGUACACUGGAACACUCGAUGUGUUUAAGAAGACCUUCAAGGCCGAUGGUUUCCGUGGUCUUUACCGCGGUAUGUCCACUCCCUUUCUCGGAGUGACGCCCAUCUUUGCGGUUUCCUUCUGGGCGUAUGAUUUGGGCAAGAAGGUUGUCUACUCCGUCACCCCUGGUCGCGCCAGCGAGGAACUGAAUAUACUCGAGUAUGCUUUUGCUGGUUUCUUUUCUGCCGGUCCAACUACCUUGUUGAUGUCUCCUACUGAGCGUAUCAAAGUACUUCUUCAGACUCAAGGUUCUGGUGCUAACAAGCUUUACAAUGGACCCGUUGAUGUUGUCCGUGCCUUGUACAAGGAAGGUGGUCUGGCCUCGAUCUUCCGUGGAACUGGUGCUACCUUCCUCCGUGAUGGUCCAGGAUCAGCUGCCUACUUUGUUGCUUACGAAUUAGUCAAGAAGGCCCUCAUUCCUGAGGGCGGCAAGGCUUCUGACCUUAACCCUCUUUCUGUCUUGUUCGCUGGUGGUAUGGCCGGUGUUGCCAUGUGGACCAUUGCCAUUCCUCCAGAUGUGCUCAAGUCUCGCUACCAGUCUGCCCCAGCUGGUACCUACAAGGGCACAAUGGAUGUCCUUCGUGUUCUCCUGAAGAACGAGGGCCCUCAGGCACUGUUCAAGGGUCUGGGUCCUGCCUUGCUUCGUGCCUUCCCUGCCAAUGCUGCUACUUUCCUAGGAGUUGAGUACAGUUUGCGAGCUAUGAACUACCUCUGGUAACUUCUGGAGCUGCUUCUGAAAGACAUGCUCGAGAUUGGCGUUAGAUGAAAAUUUGUAAACAUCCUAGUUACUUUUUCUUAUGGUACACCUUCAACGACGACCCUCCAAACCUGGCUCUAUUUUUUAUCCAUAUCCAUCAUAUAGAAACAAUCUAUCACCCUUUCUCUUCCUCUUGUAAAAUAAAAUCUGAAAUCCUAAAGUCAAC